AUGAAGAUGAAGAAGAGAUGCAUUGUUCCUAGCACCCUGCUCCUGCUUUCACUCCCAUCCACGGUCACCGUCGCCGACGAUAUGGGCGCCGACAUUCUCCUGCCGAGCCAAGGCAAAGUGGUGACCGUGGCAGCAGCGAAGAAGAAGGGGGGAGAGGAGGAAGAGAGGCCAUGGAAAUGCUGCGACAUCGAUCUGUGCUACAGGGCACUCCCGCGGGCGUGCCGCUGCCUUGACGAGGUCGAGCAGUGUGCUCCGACCUGCAAGAGCUGCGAACCGGCACCGUCCGAUCCAUCUCGCCGCGUCUGCAACGACCGGUACACCGGCGACAUGGGGCCCACGUGCACGGAGGCUCUUGCCGCCGGCGGUAACUAG